AUGUCGCUGCUCUGCGUCGGAGUGGGGUUAUGGAGACCAAGAGUGAUCAGGCCCUGGUUGGAGUCCAGAAUUAUCUGGAGCAUCCUCAGUGCCCAGCGGGUUCCCAGCACCUUCCAUGCCCGUUUCUGUGCCCUCUCCAGGACCUACAUCUACCGCCUGCUGCUGGGCUGUGCCCACCACUCCCAAAUCCCCGUCUUCGAGCAGGAUCUGUGCUGGGCUCCUCCAGGAGGCCCCCUGGACAUCGCAGCCAUGAGGGAAGCAGCGCAGUUCCUGCUGGGCACCCAUGACUUCAGCACCUUCUGCUCGCCGCACGCCGACAGCCAGAGCCCCGUGCGGACGCUGCGGCUGCUGCAGCUGCAGCCGGGCCGGGCGCUGCUGGGCCAGCACGGCCUGCACAGGGGACUGGAGUUCUGGGAGGUGAAGGUGAAGAGCAAAUCCUUCCUGUACCGCCAGGUCAGGAGGAUGGUGGGGGCCCUGGUGGCCGUGGGCCAGGGCAGGCUGGCCCCCGGGCAGCUGCAGGAGCUGCUGCAGCUCCGGGACCCCCGGGCGCUGCCCCCGCACGCCGUGGCCCCGGCCUCGGGGCUCUUCCUGCACAGCGUGGAGUACAGCCAGGCAGAUUUGGCCACCCCGAGUGCCCCAGCAGAAGAGGAGCUCUGCGAGCUGAGCUGAAAGGAAAUGAUAAAUUAUUUAUAAAACUAAUUAAACAAUUAGAAAAAUUA